GUAAAAAAGCAAUGUGCAUGUGCUAAACAAAUUAACAAACGAAAGUUCCACAAGAGUUGAAAUGUAUUGGCCCUGCUUAGUGUAGAUAGAUAAUUGUAAAAUGGCUUAGUUGAAUGGUUGAAGCUAACCAUGCUUGUGUGUAAUUAAAAUCGAUACGUUUCAACCCACGAAGACAACACGCAGCGCUUUUAGUGGCAAACACACAAAAAUCGAUGACAACAAUCGCGGUCAACAACGUUUGCGCUCGUUGUAUUCAAAUUAGCCUUUUAUGAAAACAUUUUACCGCGCCUAAUCGAUGGUAAGCUGAAAUAUUGUGAACAAAAGCGAUACGAAUCUUGAUAAAAUGGCCAGUACAGCCAUGGCCAGGGGUAGGAAAAACCCUACCAUCUCUAUCCCAUCCAAAAGUAACCAUAUGGAUACUGAAAGUGACGAGCAAGAGUACACCGCACUCAGCCGGAAGCUACAAAGCAAGGUAGAAGCACUGAAAAUAAUGCGCUACGAGCUGGAGAAAUGUCGUACGGAGCGUGACCAGUUCAAGCUGAUGGCCGAAACGAUACAGCUACGUUACUCGGCCAUCAAGAACAGUCUAAACGCACCUGAUUUCCAAGCGGCCGGUUUCGGCAAUAGUUCGGCUGUUAGUCUGCUGGUUAAGCAAACUCGCGAACGAAACGAAUCACUCACAACCGAGGUAGAAUCGCUCAAGCAGCGCCUGUAUGAUCUCGAGGGUGACAUCAAGGUGGUACGAGCAAGAAACGUCGAGCUGCAGGACACAUGCACCAAGCUGCGGGCCACCAACGAUUCACUCCUAACGACCAAUGGAGAUAAAACGUGGCAGGCCGAAAAGUCGCAACUCAUCGCACAGCUCGAACAACUGCGAAAGCGCAAUGCCCAGCUGCAGUACGACUUUCGAUCGCUGCUGGACGAAAAGGAGGAAACCGUGACGGAACGGGACGCCUUCAAAUGUAAAGCCCACCGAUUAAACCACGAACUGAACGUUGCCCUAAGAGGGACCGGUGGUGCCUCUCAGACCCUACUGGAUAUUGAUGGGCUGAUAUUGGAGAACAAAUAUCAAACGGAAAAGAUCGCCAAUAUCGAAAACGAGCUCAGUCUCGCACGGCAAGCGGCCAGCAAAUAUAAGUCGAUGCUGGAAACGAACCGGAAGAAAGGCAUUAUAAAGCUUGGCACUAACAACAAUAACAAAACGAUCAUGUCCCAUUCACAAGUAAAGCACCUGCUCGAGAAUGGAACCAUUGAUGAGCUCCCGCUUAAAGCGGCCACCAUUUCCGAUCUGAAAUCACUCUGUCUAGCGCUGCUAGACAAUGUGAACGAUAAAAGUCUCGCCCUUUCACACCAAAAGAAGACGAAUAAGUUACUAGCUACUAAAAUUGCUGAACUAGAGCGUCACAUUAAAACGCUAGCCGGCUGUGAUGAGCGUACCACCAUAGCGAGCCUAUCGCCUUCACAGUACCUACUGAACGGGUACAGUUCGGCUACAGUUGAUCAGGAUCAAGAUGGUGAUAUUAUCGUCCGACACAGUAACGAAACGUCUGAACCGACACUAGAACCGAACGGACCCCUUGAAGGUAACAGUUCUAGCGGUCCUUCACAUAGUGGACAGCGCACGGAACCACUGUCAUCGAGCUCUAACAAAAGUUGCGUGCUGAGUUGUUCCGAUGACGAAGAGGAUGAUGUUGCUGGACGCUGUACGGGCGAUAGUACGACAACAAACACAUCCAAUACGGAAGAAUUGCAGGCUGCGAUUGCGCAAUUGGUAGCAUCUGUCGAGCGUGAUCUUAAGACGGAUGAACUGUUACCUCAGCUGCCGGAUGAUAUUGCGGCGUUGAUCGAACAGUUCAAGGAAACAGCUGGAGAAAAUGUAUCCUAAACAUCUGGAUCCACUGUCUCGUUGAACGAUUUUUCAACUUGUUUUCCCAUUCUUUCGCGUCCCACAACACCUUUUCCGAUGAACAGCACGUUACGUUUCUUCUAAGUAAGCACAAUGCUUUACGAGUGGUGGCAAGCUGGUUCCGGAGAGAAUCCCUCGUGAUCGUCCAGUUCACGUGACGCGUGUUCUGUGAUCGAAAAGAUCAAGGAUGCAAACGAAUCGGGUCGGAAACAUG